AUGGCGCCCCGCGACGCCCCGAGCGAGAAGUCCCCGCUGCUGCCCACGAGCUCCAAUGCGUUCAAGGAGCCGGCCGUGGACGUGAAGCAGGAGUUCCUGGGGCUCUCCUCCAUCGCGCUGCAAGUGUCGCUGGCCACGUUCGCGCGUAUCGCGCUCUACUCGAUCGACUACGCGUUCCUGGGGCACCUGGGCACGGCGGAGCUGGCUGCGGCGUCGCUGGCGUCCGUGUGGACCACCGUGCCGCUGCUGACGGUGUGGUCCAGCAUGUCGGCCAUCGUGACGCUCUGCGGACAGGCCUGGGGAGCUGGUAACGGCAAGCUGACGGGUAUUUGGCUGCAGAUGGGGCUCGUGCUGGUCACGCUGUGCACGCCGCUGCUCAUGCUGUACUACUGGUUUGUGGAGCUCGGACUUCGCGCGUCCACUGACAACGAGGACGUCGUGCAGCUCGGCGUCCGCUUCGCGCGCAUCUUGAUGUUCUCCAUCUGGCCCAAUCUGGUGUACGUGUGUCUGCGGCUGUACUUCCAAGCCAUGGGCGUGAUGAUGCCCACGACGGUGGUGGGCACGCUGUCGAUGGGCGUGUCUGUGGCCGCCAACUACUUCUUCAUCUACGGAGCGUUCGGCUGGACGGGUCUCGGAUUUGACGGGUCUGCGCUGGCCACGGUGGUGGCGUCGUGGUUCCAACCGACUGCGCUGACGUGGUACUGCGUGGUCUACAAGAAGAUGCACCUCCAGGCGUGGGGCGGCUGGGACUUCACCGAGUUCACUCGCGAGCGGAUGACCGUGUUCUACAACAACUCGGCGCCUGCGGCCGUCAACAGUCUGGUGUCCAAUGUGGCGUCGUCGGCGCUCUCGCUGAUUGCGGCGUGGCUGGGAGCUGACAUCAUUGCUGCGAACGCCAUUGUGUCGGGCUUCUGGCGCUUGCUCUGGGCGCUGUUCUGGGGUUUUGGCUCGGGAACGCAGAUCCGUGUGUCUAACCUGCUGGGCGCCAACCGCCCGAACGCCGCCAAGACGCUGAGUAUUCUCGGAUUUGGAUGUACCGUUGUCACCGUGACGAUCCUCGCGUUGGUCACCCUUUUGUUCCGCGCGGAUGUGUUCCGGUUGUACACGAACGAUGGCGACUUGUUAAGUGUAUGCGUGGCAGUGCUCCCGAUCUUUGUGGUCGCGUUCAUGGUCGAGGCGAUGGAAAUGGUCUUUGCCUCGAUUUUGUCUGCCAUGGGCCAGGUGCACAUCACGGCCUGGACCAGUACACUUGCAACCUGGCUUGUUGAACUGCCGGCGGCCUACGUGCUGGCUAUCGUGCUCGAAGGAGGCUUCGCGGCGCUCUGGUACUCGAUUUGUCUGAUGGAGGUGCUCAAGCUGACCGUCUACGUCGUGGUGCUGCGCCGGAUCGACUUCGUAGCGAUGGCGCGCGAGGCCGUCAAGAACAUGGAGGUGGAGGACGAAGAGGAGGAGGUCAACGUUGCAGUUGCCGAAGGCGGCACCACGGCGCUCGGAGCCAACACUGGUCUGCCGUCCCCAGUCCCGACGACGCUUCUGACGCCAUCGGGACUUGUGCACCAAUGGGACCACGUAGACGACGGCCUCCACCCGCACCAGCACCACCAGCUCGCUGUCGACGAUACCGUGCAAUCCGUUAACGCGUAA